CCCUCCUGUCCGCUCCCCGUCCCCUCUCAGUCUUUUUCUCCCGCAUCUUCCUCUGCUGCAUCAGCACCAGCAGCACCAGAGCAUCUCUGAGCAUCUCUGAGCUGCAGCUCCUCCGUGUGGCCUGUGUCUCUGCUCUGCCUGUGCCUCCUGCUUCUUUUUGCCUCUCCCUACUGCUCCCCUCCUGCCCUCAGCCACUGACUAGCAGCCUCAGCCCUGGGGCAAUAAGAGAGAGAGCUCCCCAUCACUCCAUGUACCUCUCCCCUCCUCCCUCCCCUGGACUCUGCAGCAAUAGGGGGAGUCUCCUGGAGGAAAGGAGAGAGUAAGGGGAGCUGAGAGAAGAAGGACAAGAACAGGGGGCUCAGCCAGGGAAAGGCUGAUAGAAAAAGGACAAGGAAAGAGGAGGAGGAGGAGGAGGGAGAAGAAGGGCAAGUUGGAGGAUUGGAAGAGGAGGGCAGCGUGAUUUUCCUGGAGGGUGGGGGGGAGAGGGGUCCCUGCAGAGGAGCAGCAGAAGGUGGAGGAGCUGCUGUGAGACUGAGUGAGGUGCAAUUUCCACGCAGGAAGCAUGAGGGAUCGGACCCAGGAGCUGAGGAGCGCUAAAGACAGCGACGAUGAUGAGGAGAUUGUGCAGGUGGAUCGGGACCAUUUUAUGGACGAAUUCUUUGAGCAGGUGGAGGAGAUCCGGGGAUGUAUUGAGAAGCUGUCAGAAGAUGUGGAGCAGGUGAAGAAGCAGCACAGUGCUAUCCUAGCUGCACCAAACCCUGAUGAGAAAACUAAGCAGGAGCUGGAGGAUCUCACUGCCGACAUCAAGAAAACGGCCAACAAAGUUCGUUCCAAGUUGAAAGCAAUUGAACAAAGUAUUGAGCAAGAGGAAGGAUUAAAUCGUUCUUCAGCUGACCUACGUAUCCGAAAAACCCAGCAUUCUACUCUGUCCCGCAAGUUUGUGGAGGUGAUGACAGAAUACAAUGCAACGCAAUCCAAGUACAGGGAUCGCUGCAAGGACCGCAUCCAGAGACAGCUGGAGAUCACUGGAAGAACAACAACCAAUGAAGAACUUGAGGACAUGUUGGAGAGUGGAAAACUGGCAAUAUUCACAGAUGAUAUCAAGAUGGAUUCCCAGAUGACCAAACAAGCUCUAAACGAGAUAGAGACAAGACACAAUGAGAUCAUUAAGCUAGAGAACAGUAUCCGGGAGCUGCACGACAUGUUUGUAGAUAUGGCCAUGCUGGUGGAAAGCCAGGGGGAGAUGAUUGACCGAAUUGAGUACAAUGUGGAACACUCUGUGGAUUAUGUGGAAAGAGCAGUGUCUGAUACAAAGAAAGCUGUUAAAUAUCAGAGCAAAGCGAGAAGGAAGAAGAUUAUGAUAAUAAUCUGUUGUGUAGUACUCGGUGUAGUCUUGGCUUCCUCUAUCGGAGGGACCCUGGGACUCUGAAAGAAUCAAAUGCACAGAUUCAGAAAAAGGAAAGAAAGGAAAAAAAGAAAAUAUUCAAUGAAAAAUACAAAAAAAAAAAAGAAAUAAAAAAAGAAAUCACAUAAUUUACAUGGCAAGUAUUGGAAGCACAGCUUGGAAAGGCUUUCAUUGUGUCAGCCCAUUUAUCCUCUGUGCGUUUCACACAGGAGUUAGGUUACCAUCAGCUAAUUCAAGCCCAGGGGGUCUACCUUGCCCUUACGGAAUGAAUUAAACCCACUGCUGCUUCGCAAAAGGGGAUUACCUGACGUGAACCUAAAGCCAAAGCUUCAUCUGUCACCCACAGCUCCUGGGGGCGAAAAGGGUGCAAAAUUCCCAAAUCCUUGUUUUAUUUCUGUGUCUGUUUUCUUUUUUAAUUUUUUUUAAUUUGUUAAGGUUAAAAAAAAAAAGAAAACAAAAAGGUGUAUUUGACGUUGCUGGACGUUUUCCACAGGGACCCCCGGACUGAUGGUGGUGGCGGAGGGUCCGGCCUGGCGCUUUACUUUGUCUUUUAUCUUGACUGGUGGCUGAGUGUGUUUCUGUUACCUGCCAAAGUCUUGUGUGUGUGUUUUCUUGCUUGAAUACCUCCGUUUUCUGUCAGGGGAUUAAGGUUAGGGGAGAGAAGCUGGUGUGUGUGCUCAUUCUAUGUCAGAGGAAGAAUGUGCAAAGCAAAUGGAUGCUAGAGAAGAAAUGUGAUGAACACAGAGGCAUCUGGUUGGCUCUCCUUGUUGUGUCAUUGUGCUGUGUCAUGGCUGCUGCAUAUCUGGUGGGGCAGGGAAAUGAUUAUGUGCUCAUCAACGUCUUUCUUCAGUUUCUUCUCUGAAAUAAUAUCAGCAUAACAUUUCUCUUUAACUCCUCCAGUAAAACCAUGUGUCCUAAGACCAUAACUUCACCUGUCAUUGUUUCAAAUAACCCUCCCUAGAACUUCUCCUAUGGAUCCCUGUAAUCUUACCCAAUAAUGGUCCAUAUAGCCCCUCCCUACAAUAACUGCAGCUGCUGCAUUGAGUCUUCCCCAUAACUCUUCAUAUUGCUGCCGAUAAACCCACCAACUCUGUCUAUUACUCUGAAUAAACCAACAUUAAUGAGUUCUGUUGGUUCAUAAAACCCACACCCUAUUGCUCCUUCUAUUGGCCAGUUAAACACAAUUGCUUAAAAAAAAACAACUAGACCUAUUUCCCAUAAAAGUCAAUCUAACCCUUCCAUACCAAUCCCCCAAUAGAGCCUAAUGUUACUACUCUUUUCUCAUCAACUCUACCAAAUUUUACAUUUUCAGCCUUCCUUCCAACCAUGAGUCUUUUAAUUUUUAACUAAAUUCUAGAUUAAGUGAUACCAAAGUUUUCAUCCAUUUACUUCCUCCAUCUUGACUCUUCUGUGCCCACCUUAUGAAUGAUAAUAUGUGAGCCUUUUAAAAAAAACUAUAAGAAAUAUAAGGAGGAGAGGUAGCACUUGACUGUGGGAUGUAACUUGCAGAACAUUCCGGUCAGUGCAGAGCCAGCACCAUUUAAAGGUGCAGUCUCUACUCAUACAGCAAUAAACACUCCGACCAAACUGUUGAGCAUGGGCCAUAAUACCAGAUGUGGUGGGAGAUUACGGAGAACUGGCCAUAUGUUUUUCUAUUUUGUUUACAAUUUUUUGCAAGUCUAGUUAGAAGCAAGAUGUGAGUGUCUGGAAAAUGUAGGGUUAAUAUGCAAAAUGAAGGACGAUGGUACCCAUGUUGCUUGAAAAGAAGAUAUAGCAGCGAAUGCAGUGAUGAGGUAGAUGAGGAUGAGUUGAUAACAUGUUGGGUGAGAAGAUACAGUUGAAUGUUGUAUAUAAUUAUGGAUGAGCAGUUGGUGUUGUGUGGUUGAUAACAUGUUUGGUAAGAAGAUACAGUUGAACGUUGUAUAUAAUUAUGGAUGAGCAGUUGGUGUUGUGUGGUUGAUAACAUGUUUGGUAAGAAGAUACAGUUGAAUGUUGUAUAUAAAUAUGGAUCAGUAGUUGGUGUUGUGUGGUUGAUAACAUGUUUGGUAAGAAGAUACAGUUGAAUGUUGUAUAUAAUUAUGGAUGAGCAGUUGUUGUUGUGUGGUUGAUAACAUGUUGGGUGAGAAGAUACAGUUGAAUGUUGUAUUUAAACAUGGAUGAUGGAUAGUGCUGAGCGGCUGAUAAAAUGUUGUGUAGAUAGAAGGUUGGCUUGGCACAAAAGUCAGUGGUGUAUAUAAUGUUGGUUGAGAAAACAGAGUGAAUGGCAUAGUCAAUGUUAUGUGGUCCAGUGUGAUGGUGUAUCUAAUUUUAGUUGUGUCUAUGCACAUUAUGACUAUAUAGCAGACCAGGUAUGGAUAUGUGGUAUAAUGCUGUAGGCAAUAGAGUGCGUGCAGAUGUAAAUGAGUGGUGCUGGUACUAUCUGGUAGGCAUAUAGUGUUGCAUAGUAUAACGAAUGUUGUGUAUCUACACUGAGAUUUAAGAAACUGUGCAUAGAGAUGCUAAUUAUUUCAAAUGUUAUUUAUACAAUGAAGAUGUUAUUUAUAUAGAAGCCCAUAUUAAAACACAUAAUGAAUAUAUACAAAGAGUGCAUGGCAGCAAAAGACAACUGUGUGUGGUUUGUGUGUUUGUGUGACUGCAAGGAAGGAGGCAGUGCAAUAAGCACAGAAUUGUGUGUGAAGUACGAAGGGUCAGUAGAGAAGGGGGAAGCGUUUAUUAACCUCAUUUCCUGCCUUACAGGAACUCACUCCGUAUGCAAGUAAAAGUGGGAAGCACACGUUGGCACCUCCACCUUUCCCUGACUUAGUCUGUCCACCCGUCUCUCUCUGUCGCCUCUUGCAUGAUUAUGAACUGUCUCUGUGGAUAUUUCUAGUCUCUGUUGUCCUGAAAAGUUAACAUUUUUCACCUGGGGCAGGGGGGAGGAAGGGACAGGCAGUUGUUUGCGUGCAUGCAAAAAUAUGAAACUCUGGCCAUAAAAAAAAGAAACUAGUCAAAGGGCGGCCAUUUUGAACUGAACCUGUCGAAAGAAAAGCCUAUGUCAAUAAAGCCUCAGUGUGUUGUACAUAUUAAGCGACAUGUCGAAUAAUCAAGUGUUUCUUUCCUUUGGAAGUCAUUCCGCAGACUCGUUGAAUGUGUUAUGUCAGACGUAGAAUAGUCGAUGUCAAAAAAUAAUCAAAAUGGCUGCUUCAUCAGAGAAUGAAGAGGUGUGUCACUGUAACUAUGCAGACUCCAUUGUUUAACUCAAGGAUACAUUUGAAAAGUGGCUUAAUCUGCCUUCUCCUUUAAGAAUGUACCUCUGAAUUUCACGUAUCAAUUACUUUAAAGAAAUAAAAAUAAGUUAUUGACUGUA